AUGAGUUCUUCAUCAAGCUCUCGCGAACCUUCACCAUCUAUGAAACAAACUUUACCAAACGAUUAUGGAGCACCUAUUGAAUAUUUCUUACGAGCUGCACAAUGGCAAAGAGCAGUCUCACCAAGGUUAGGUGUUCCACCAGCUCCUGUCAAAAAUAGCAUUUGGUCAAGUCCUUAUAUAAGAUAUGGUCUCCCACUAGGUUUGCUAGCUACAGCAGUAGCAGUUAUGAUGUUGAAAAGAAAUAAAGCAAAUGUUGUAAAUAAUACUGAAGUAGUUGAAGUUAAACAAACUCCAACACCUUCGCCAAAACCAACGCCUUCACAAACAACACCUUCAAUGACUCCUGAACCUAUGGAAGUACAAACUCCUGUUCAAAAGUCAACUCCUAAACCGACUCCAACAUUUAAACCAGAACCUACUUCUCAAAUAAAUCGUAAAACUCCUGCGUUUCCUUACUGA